GGCCGCCGAGCCAAAAUGACAGCUCUCUCCUCUAGUCUCUGUGGGAAGUCGACACAGCCGGUUGAUUUCUGGACACUUCAAAAUGAGGAAGGAAUACAACAUUAUUCAGAUAUUUGCAUGGAAUGUAAUGACUAUAUACAUAUAGUUUAUGAAAUAUUAAUGUUUUUUUUUGUUGUAUCCGGGUCAUGCCUUCACGUAAUUUGAGUUGACAGGCUCUGUUUAUAGGUAGCUUGUUAGUUUUUUUUGUUUGGUUUGUCUGUAAGCUAUCAGAGAGCUAACUGUUAGCUUCUACGAGGAGGCCAGACUUGUCUUUUAUUUUCUGUCAUAAUUCACAUGAACUAGUUAGCUACCCCUCUUACACGGGGAAUAAAUUAGCUAUUUUACAUACCGUCGUGUUUGCUGCUGUUUUUUUUGUUGUUUAUUUUCAAACUCUUGAUUCUCUCUUUAAGUUGAUCGCAUUUGUUUUGGGGUUUUUUUGGACAGUAAAGGACGCAAGUAACGUUUUUUUUUGUUUUACUGUUUACUAAGUCUUUAGUUUCCUACCUUUUGGCUCUCGGACACUUUUUGUUGAUCUUUUAUUUUAUGUAUUUUGAAGUAUCUGGUCAAAUAGCUGUUUUUUCCCCCCAACAUGUUUCUGAUAGGCGGUGUGUUGCUUUGAGUUUCUACGGUACAAAGUCAUAAUUUCAGUCCAUUUGACUCACAAUCAGCAUGUUGUUUUGUUUUGUUCUUCCCCUUUCCGACGCGUUUAGAUAUUAACAUUUAGUUGCAUUUAAAAACUCAGCCACUUCCAUUUGAACUUUUGCUCUUGUCAUUUUGGACAGCUUGUUGUAAAUCUGAGUUUCCUCUACAUUUGAUCAGUUUAGUGUCCUGAGGACAUCGAGUGUCCCCGUUUUUUUUCCGUGUCCACCAUGUCUUGUGUCCAUUAUAAAUUCUCCUCGAAACUCAACUACGACACGGUGACUUUCGAUGGCCUGAACAUCACUCUGGCCGACCUGAAAAGACAGAUUAUGGGUCGAGAGAGACUCAAAGCUGUCGACUGCGGCCUACAAAUCACCAACGCACAAACUAAAGAAGAAUACAAAGACGACGAGGCCCUGAUAUCCAAGAACUCCUCUGUCAUCAUCAGAAGAAUACCCAUCGGAGGAGUCAAGGCUUCAACCAAGAUGUAUAACAUUGAGCGUUUUUCAGAACCGAAUCACUUCCCGUUCAGAACCUCCCCGUCGGAUCCUCCAAAGGAGAUCGUUCUUCAGAACACAGUCACUUUUCCAUCGGAUCCUCUAAAGGAAUUGAUGAUCAUGCUUCAUCUAUAUCACUGGCCCAACUUUCAAAGUCUGAAGGAGACGCACACUUGCUGCUGCUGCUUACACACACACGUACGUUACACACACACUCGUACGUCACACACACACACACACACUUAUGUGAAGAAGUUGACCGGUCCCCCUCCAGCCAACUACACCUGUUAUCGCUGUGGCAAGAACGGACAUCACAUCAGGAACUGUCCUACUAACGGGAAGGAGAAAGGGUUUGAGCCACCCCAGAGGAUCAAGAAGAGUACCGGCAUUCCCCGUUCCUUCAUGACGGAAGUGGACGACCCGUCUAUAAAGGGAGCCCUGUUGACCAACACCGGCCACUACGCCAUCCCUACGAUAGACGCUGAGGCCUACGCUUUAGGUAAGAAGGAGAGGCCUCCGUUCGUCCCCAGGGACCAGUCCAGUUCCGAGGAGGACGAGGAUCCAGUCCCUGAUGAGCUCCUCUGUCUGCUCUGUAAAGACCUGAUGACUGACGCCGUGGUCAUUCCCUGCUGUGGCAACUCCUACUGUGACGACUGUAUCCGUACGUCUCUGCUGGAGUCAGAGGAACAUGUGUGUCCCACCUGUAGCCAAUCGAAUGUCUCCCCUGACGCGCUCAUAGCCAAUAAGUUCCUGCGCCAGGCGGUUAAUAAUUUUAAGAAUGAGACCGGUUACGCCAAACGCAUGAUGACGAGAGUCGCCCAGCCCCCCGUCGUCCCCACCCCUCCUCUUCAGCCUCAGUCCCGCCCUCAGUGCCCGCUCCAGCCUAUCAGGAGCCAGCAGGACCCACUUAUGCCCCGCCCUCCAGCCUUAGACACGCCACCAUUGGCUCAGCAGCAGGUUGGCCCGCCCCUCAGAGUCGGGAACCAUAAUAACUCCUCCCACAUGGCUGCUGGCUCCUCCUAUAACUCAACGGGUCCCUCCCCCCAGCACCCAACCAAUCACAACAACACGCUUAUGCUAAAAGAGCCAGAGAGUGGAGGAGUUCAGUCUGUGGUGGUCUCAGCCGACCCCCCUCUAGCCACUGCCCCCAUGACCAAGGAAUACCAUGUUCCAGUGAUGAGCCAACCCCAGUCUGACAGUCACUCCCUGCAGAGGACAGGUCUUCCUCCCAGACUUUCUGAAGGACCAGCCCAUUGGGACAGGUACAGCCCCUCCGGUCGUGGCAGGAACCAUAGCGACCGCGCCCCUCCCUCCCAGCCUCCGCCCACCAACGUGCCACCCCUUCUCUACAACCCUCCCUCCAUUUUCUCCUCCCCUCUACCCCAUCCCCCAGGUGUCAUACCCCCCCACUACCCACCUCCCCACUUCCCCCCAGGGCAACAGCCCCCCUCCAGCUACUCCCUGCCCCCUCCUGGCUACCCCCCUACCCCAGGAGUCACCAACCCCCCCUGGGCGCCCCCCAACACCCAGCCCCCCCUCGCCGGGAAGCCAAUCCCCUCCUCUUCCUUCCUGUCCAAGGAUGAGUUCUACAGACAACAGAAGAGGCUGAAGGAUAAAAGGAGAGACGACGCUCUUAUUCCAGGUCUAGGUCGUCCUACAGUAGCUCAUCCUACUCCAAAUCCCGUUCCCGUUCUCGUUCGUACUCCCGUUCCUCCAGUCAGAUCCAGAUCCCGUUCCAGAUCCCGUUCCAGGUCUUACUCCCGCUCUUCUCCGUACUCCCGCCGCCACGGACGACCUCGCGGCUACCGCUCCCGUUCCCGUGGCUACCGCCGAUCGCGCUCGCCGCCGCCUUUCAGGGACGGUGGAGGGGCGGGACGGGGACGAGGUUACCGGUCGCGCUCUAGAUCACCUGGCCAAGGGGGGUACCGGACCCACACUCCUCCUCCACCCCCAGGCUCCCGGAAGCCUGCCACUGCUGGGGCUCCACCGGAGGGUGAGAGGAAGUAUCCGGGCCGGACCCGGGAGAGAGAUCGGGAGCCGGCGGUGUACGACCGGGGUCCAGAGCACAAAGACCCGUACGAGAGGGAGAGGUACCGGGAGUGGGAGAAGGAGUACAGGGAAUGGUAUGAGAAAUACUUAAAAAACUACAACUCCCACAACCCUCCUCCCAAUAACCCCCCUCCCUACAGGGGCCGACCCCCCCUUGGUUUCGCCCCCGCCCCUGUGGCACCCCCAGCCGGACGAGACAGAGACCCCUACAACCCUCCUCCACCCUCGGACUUCUACCCCUCAUCCCGACCCCGCCCGGACCGUGGAUCCUCCCCCUUCAGUCGAGGGAGGAGGCGAGGUGAGGGCUAUCCUCCUCCCCCCUCACACCCCUCUCCCAGGGGCAGGAACCAGCCAAUGACAUAUCAGGAGAAGUGUGCUGAGCAGUUUGGAACUCUGCCGUUGUCCCGGUCAGCCAAUCAGGAUCAUCAGACGCCACUGAAGGUCGCAAAGGGUGACAGAGGUCCGUCGUCGAGCGCCGCCUCUCCCGCGGUCACUGUGACCUCCGACCUGAAAGAGCAGAAGCACAGGAAGAGGAAGAAGAGGAGGACUGAGCAGGGGAGAGGGGGAGGGGAGUCCUUCAGUGCUUCUGACUCUACGGACGACGCUGGGAAAGAGGAGAAGAAGAAGAAGAGAACCGGGAGUACUCCCGUUGGUUCGUCAAGCCAUGACGACUCCACCCCAGUACGGGACGAGCCAAUAGACAGCGACGACUCAGUCCCGGACAAAGCUGAUAGGUGGACCAGGGACAGUAAGGAGGAAGAAGUGAGGAGAAACAGUGACAGAGUUUAUAAACGCGGACCGGACUCCGGCGUAGCGAGGAAAGACUCAUCGUCCAAGAGCUGGAAGACCGUUAGAGAGACAGACCGGGACCAGAUCGGUACAGACCGGGACCAGACCGGUACAGCCGGUUUAGCCUACCGGAAGACGUCUCUAACAGAACCAUCAGCCAAACGGGUCAAAGGUGAAUCUAUUCCCUUCCAACCAGACUCUUGCACCUCCCUCCAGAGAGAGAUGGAACUCCAACACUCUGCACCCCUAGCGUCAGCUCCCAAACGACCUCCUCCUAAACCCCACGCAGACCAGCUUGACACAGUUAGAAUCAACCCAGACCUAUUCAAACCGGUUAGAACCGACCCAAACCAGUUUAAACCUGUCAGAACCGACCCAGACCAGUUCAACACUGUGAGAACCGACUCAGACCAGUUUAAUCCGGUUAGAACCGGCCCGGAUCAGUUUAAACCUGUCAGAACCGCCCCAGACCAGUUCAACACUGUGAGAACCGACUCAGACCAGUUUAAUCCGGUUAGAACCGGCCCGGAUCAGUUUAAACCGUUCAGAACCGACCCGGACCAUUCCAGACCAGCCAAGGAGGAGCAGAGAGGGAAGAGAGAUCCAGCGUUUUGGCAGGACAGGGGCUCAGCGAGAGAGGACAAGCCCAGGAGAGAGGCUGACAUCAGGGUGGGUAGAGAACAGGAGAGAGACCCUGGCAAAGCUCCAGACACCAAGUCUGAGAAGAGGAGGAGGAAGGAGGAGGAGGAGAAGAAGAGGAAGACGAGAAAGGAGGAGAGGAGUAUGUCUGAUAAGGAGAUGGAGGUGCCCCGAAUCAAAUCUCCCGGAGUGGAGCUCGCCGAGACCGUAAAACCCUGCAACCUCAAACGUGACGUAGAGGAGGAGAGGGCUUCCGUAAGGCCUCUGAUGGAGAGUGGGAUGAAAGGAGGAGAACCUCAGAGGAAGAUUAAGACCAACAGAGAAGAAGGGAGGAGGGCCGGCAAGCUUGCGGGCGUGGCCGGAACAGAGGCAGCCAAUCAGAGCAGCUAUAUAAAGGGAAGCGUAGAGAGGAGCAAAGCCAAGAGGAACCGUAAGGUCCUAGCGUCCGACGGACCGGGAACCACCGUGGACUACACCAGCACCAGUCCCCCAGGGGGCAGUAGUCCUGUGUGUGGCGAUGGAUCAGAGGGCAGAGCAGAGCAGAGGAAGACUGUCGUUAAAACACUGGAGGAAUACACCAAUGACAGCUCGGCACCUGCUGACGGUCACAUAGUACUCAUACAGGUCAGGAUACACAGCUCUACACCUGUUAGACUAGAUAGUACUCAUACAGGAGACACAGCUCUACACCUGUUAGACUAG